AUGACGUUUGCGGACAUCCUGGAGAGCUUAGGGGGCAUGGGGCGCUUCCAGAGGCUCUCGGUGGCCUUCCUCGCCCUCCCCUUGACCAUGUUGGCCAGCCACAACCUUCUCCAGAACUUCACGGCAGGGAUCCCUGCGCAUCACUGUCAGAUACGCAUCACGGCCAACUACACCCGCUAUGCCAACAACGUCACCAAAGAGAUGGGCACCGAGAGCCUUCUGCGGAUCUCCAUCCCGACAGGCAAGGACCAGAAGGUGGAGAAGUGUCGUCGGUAUGUCACCACUCAAUGGAGGCUCCUCGACCCCAAUACAACGCUACGCAACGACACCGUGGUGGACACCGAGCCAUGCUCUGAUGGGUGGACCUAUGACCGGAGCAUGUUUCCCAGCACCAUUGUCAGUGAGUGGGAUUUAGUGUGUGAUGCGCGGACCCUGCGGCAAAUGGCUCAGUCCCUCUACAUGGCCGGUGUGCUGAUCGGAUCGCUGAUCAUCGGCUUCCUCUCAGACAGAUUCGGGAGGAAGGCCCUCAUCGUUUGGUGCUACAUGCAGAUGGGGGUUGCGGGCGCCUGCACGGCUUUCGCGCCAAACUUCACUGCUUACUGCAUCCUUCGCUUCCUGUGCGGAAUGGCCAUGUCGGGAAUCUCGCUCAACUCCGUCUCUCUGUGCAUGGAAUGGAUCCCAACCAAAUACCGCGCCGUUGUCGGCACCAUCAAUGGCUACUGCUACACCACAGGGCAAUUCAUCCUGGCCGGCGUGGCCUAUGCCAUCCCCGACUGGCGGUGGCUGCAAUUGGCCAUCUCCUUGCCUUUCUUCAUCUUUUUCCUCUACUCCUGGUUGUUCGUGGAGUCGGCACGUUGGUUGGCAAUUUCCGGGAAAGAGGAGCGGGCGGUGAAAGGCUUAAAGAAAGCGGCCUGGAUCAAUGGGAGGAAGAAGGAAGGAGACAAACUCAGCGUGGAGGUCCUGAAGGAGGAGAUGCAGAAGGAGAUGUCCUCCAACAAGGCCAGCCACACUAUGGUUGACCUGGUGCGGACGCCCGCUGUCCGCAAAAUUUCCUGCGGGGUGUCCUUUCUCUGGUUUGCUACCAGCUUCUCCUACUAUGGCUUGGCCAUGGACCUGCAAAACUUUGGCUUCGACAUCUAUCUGACCCAGCUGGUCUUUGGGGCCGUCGACAUCCCGGCAAAGUUCAUUUCGGUGAUGACCAUCAUGUUUGUGGGCCGACGGUUCUCCCAGUCCAUGUCUCUGAUCCUGGCUGGGUUGUGCAUCUUGGCCAACAUUUUUGUGCCGCAAGAUCUGAGCAACCUACGCAUGGCAUUUGCAGUGAUCGGGAAAGGCUCCUUAGCAGCCUCCUUCAACUGUGCCUAUAUUUUCUCCGGGGAGCUUUUCCCAACGGUGAUCAGGCAAUCAGGGAUGGGCCUGGGGGGCACUAUGGCCCGCGUGGGCAGCAUGAUAGCCCCUUUGGUGAAGAUGACCGGGGAGUUUUACCCACCAUUGCCACUGAUCAUCUACGGAGCAGCGCCUAUUAUUUCGGGCACCGUCACCUGUUUCCUUCCAGAGACUCGGAACGUCCCUUUGCCAGAGACUAUUGAACAAGUGGAAAGACGGUCAAAGCCCAGCCAAGCGGAUGAGCAGCAAAUGAAGGUGCUCCUUGCCUCCCCAAAACCAGAUCCCAGCAACGAUGGCAGUUGA